AUGGCAGAGCAAGAAGUCUAUGGCGAUAAAUUCGGUGGUCACUCGCCCUCACUUCCCAGAAACACCUUCACUGGCUCUGGUGCAGAACAAGAUGUCUACGGAAGUAAAUUUGCCGGCCAUUCCCCUUCCCUUUCACUCCCCGGAGGCUCUUUCAACGGAUCUGGUGCCGAGCAGGAUGUCUUUGGCUCCCACUUCAAUCGCACCGCAUACCAAGGUCUUACUACCAGCACUCUGGGUCUGAUGCACUCUGCCGUUCUGCCUUCUUUCACUUUACAUGCUGGUCUCUCUGUUGUAGCUUAUGGAAUCUCUCGAUACACCGAUCGUGUCGAGGGUAAGGAUUUCCUCUGGGCAUCUGGCAUGACGUUGAAUGCUUGGUGGAGCGCUGUUGGUUCUCGUGUUAUCUACGAUGGUCUCUCGGUCUCUGAAGCCUGGUCUGAUCUUGCCUACCCGCAAAAGCUUCUGCUCGUCGGUGCUACAGCUUGGGGUGUUCGUCUUACUUCUCGUGUUGUAUCCCGAAGCUUGAAGCGUGGAGGGGACGACCCUCGGUAUGAUGCUGAGAAAAAAGAUCCUGGUUUCUGGAAUAAGGCUUUGUUCACGACAUUCUUGCCCGAGGCUAUUGCGCAGACUAUCAUCUCUCUUCCCUUUACGCUUCCUUUGCGUAAUGUUAACGAGUGUGCUCUGGCUUCUCCUGUUACUUCUUACGGUUCAUACCUGCGCGACCUCGCUGUUUUUGUCUUCUCGACUGGAUUCACUCUCGAGACGCUGGCUGAUUCACAGCUUGAGUCUUUCAAGAAGAGCAAUCGAUCAGGUGUCAACCGUGAAGGUGUGUGGAGCAUUGUUCGACACCCCAACUACCUCGGAGAUGCUCUCAUCCACGCCUCAUUUCCCAUCCUUCUACUCAGCGCCGGUAUUCUCCACCCAAUUACUGUUCUCGGUCCCAUCGCCAACUACGUCUUCCUGCGCUUCAUCGGAGGCGACAAGCAGAACGAGGAAAGCCAGGCGGAGCGAUACUCUAAGCACGACGCUGUAAAGGCCGAUGAGUUCGAAAAGUACAGAGAGGAGAAGAACAGCUUUUGGCCCAAGCCUGAGGAGCUUAGUAACGGUUGGACUUUGGGAAUGUUGGCUGCUGGUGUUGCUGGUGUCGUCCUUGAGAGGGGACUUCGGAAUGUGCUUUGA